GUGCAUUAUCCCAUUCAUGUUACCCCUUUUCUAACGUUCUUCAUAAACUGGUUUGUCUGAAGUCGUCUUUUGUUGACUUGCAGUUUGUGAAUCCUUCAUCUCAAUAUUCCAAUCCUUGCGCUGUUUUGGAGAGCAAUUGAUUGAUUAAGCAAAGCUAAAGAGUGGUUAAAAGCAAAUGGGGAAUCUUUUGUGUUGCGUGCAAGUUGACCAAUCUACAGUGGCUAUAAAAGAAAGAUUUGGACGAUUUGAGGAGGUGCUUGAGCCAGGAUGCCAUUGUGUGCCCUGGUUCCUUGGAAAUCAACUUGCUGGUCAUCUCUCUCUUCGGCUGCAGCAAUUGGAUCUCCGAUGUGAGACCAAGACAAAGGAUAAUGUUUUUGUCAAUGUUGUUGCAUCUAUUCAAUACCGUGCCCUCGCAAACAAGGCCAGUGAUGCUUUUUACAAACUUAGCAAUACAAGGUCCCAAAUUCAAGCCUAUGUUUUUGACGUGAUUAGGGCAAGUGUCCCAAAACUCAACCUGGAUGAUGCUUUUGAGCAGAAAAAUGAAAUUGCCAAGGCUGUGGAAGAAGAACUUGAGAAGGCCAUGUCAGCUUAUGGUUAUGAAAUUGUUCAAACACUGAUUGUUGAUAUCGAUCCAGAUGAGCAUGUGAAGCGAGCCAUGAAUGAAAUUAAUGCUGCUGCAAGAUUGAGGUUGGCAGCUAAUGACAAGGCAGAGGCAGAGAAGAUCUUGCAAAUUAAGCGAGCUGAGGGUGAGGCUGAGUCUAAAUAUCUCUCUGGACUUGGUAUUGCUCGCCAACGUCAAGCCAUUGUGGAUGGUUUGAGAGAUAGUGUGCUUGGAUUCUCAGUUAAUGUACCAGGGACGACUGCAAAAGAUGUCAUGGACAUGGUUCUUGUCACUCAGUAUUUUGACACUAUGAAAGAAAUUGGCGCUUCAUCCAAGUCUUCUGCUGUGUUUAUUCCACAUGGACCUGGUUCUGUUCGCGAUGUAGCUAGCCAAAUUCGUGAUGGACUUCUUCAGGCUUCUCAUCAGUAGCCUCGACUCCACCUAGAUCUUCUAUCUGGUUUGAAUGGGAGUAUGAUGAUAAGCCUGUGGUGUUCGGUAUGUGCAGUGUGUUUUGUAAUUUUGUUUGAGUAAUUUUAAUUUAUACUUCCAAUCUGUCAAGUAUUACUGUAGAUAUGGGUUAUCUACAUUGUGAAAGAUGCAUGGCUAAAAAUAUCAACUAUCCCUGUAUAUACAAGUUUUCUUGAUUGUGCAAGUUGCGUAUAAGAAAUUUGUUUGUGUUUCAUG